ACAUAAACAUAUCAAAUUUAUAAAUCAUUAUGUCUAGUAGAACCUCACUAAAAAAAUCUGCUCGCAAUCAUUCGGCGAAUUUUUCCGUUGAGGCUCAGAGUCUAAAUGAUGAGAUGAUCAUGUUUUCUCUUCGCUUGGUAGCUUUGAAGAAGUCGUACAUUGAACGGCUAAAAGACAUUGCUCUAAAAAGAGAAAAGCAGCUUAUUCUUCAAGAGCAGCUUAAACGCAUUGAGUCAACGUUUGAGCAGCGAAGCGAGGAUCACCAAGAUAUUCUCACAGAUUUUGUACGCCAAAUUAAAUCAGGCGAGACUGAGGCAAUCGAAAAAUUAGUUCAAGUAGAUACUCAAAUAUUGAAUAGUCAGGGCGAAAAGCGAAUCCUACAGAAAAAAAUUGAAGAAUGUGAAGCAGAUUAUGAUGCAAGGAUUAAGAGCAAAAAAAAUGAGUACGCUGAGCUCUGCCAACGUAUUUCUGAUAUGGAGAAAGAAAUUGUUAAGAUUAUCAAUGGUGUACAACAAACUUCGACUUCAGCUCAAUCUUGAAUGAACUUUUUAACUCUUCUGCUAAAGGCAUUAAAUGUAUACUAUCAUACUAUAGUACUUGAUAAAAAAAA